AUCUCGCCAUGCCCCUCAAGGACCUUCUCAGGGCCCGCUUCACCUCCGCCAUCCAGUCCAUCCCCCAGGGCUGGAAGAUCCUCAUCACAGACGACCACUCUCAGGCCCUCCUCGACACCGUCUACAAACAGUUCGACAUCCUCCAGCAGAAUGUCACUUCUGUGGAACCAUUGCACUCUCCUCGGCAGCAGAUGUCCGUCGACGCCAUCUAUCUCUUGACACCGACGCUGCAGAACGUCGACAGGAUCAUUGCCGACUUUAGCUUUGGGCGCACGACCUACAAGUCGGCCCAUGUUUAUUUCAUCGACGGCGUCGACGAUGGGCUGGCACAGAGGCUGACCGAGGGGAUGCCGCCUGGGAUAUUACAGGCUUUCGUCGAGCUGUACUGCAACUUUCAGGCUAUCGAGGACAGAGUCUUCUCCCUCAAUGCUCCGUGGUCCAUGUUUACCAUGUUCGGCAACCCCGGCGGUAUCUCGUCGUCCGACCUGUCCAAGGAAGCCUUUGAAGACGACGUCAAAGUGGCCGGGAGAUCCAUCCUCAAUGUUCUAGCAACCAUCAACGAAAACCCCCACAUCCGCUAUUACCAACCCUCCCACCACGCGCCUCUCGGUCCCCUAGCUUCCACCGCCCACCAGCCAGGCGCACCCUCCUCUUCGGCGCCUCACAGUCAGCCCCAAGGCGCUAGUCUCAGGUGGCGUUCAGCAAUGGGCGGCUCGAGUUCCAAGAGCCCCGUGCAAGGGGAGUAUUUGAGUAAGAAGAUUGCCAUGCAGGUGCAAAGUGAUCUAGACGAGUACUUGCAAAAUAAUCCCGAGUUUCCCCCUGCUUCGGGCAGACCACGCGCGGUGCUGUUUGUGCUCGACCGCUCCGUCGACCCCGCCGCCCCGCUCCUGCACGAAUUCUGGUACCAAGCCAUGGCCAACGACCUCUUGAACAUCACCGACGGCGUCCACUACAAAUACAAAUACACCAACACCGUCGGGGGCAAAGAGGAAAAAGUAGCGAAUCUGGACGAGGAAGACCCCGUGUGGUGCUCGGUUAGGCAUUUGCAUAUGAAGGAUGCGAUUGAUACGUUGAUGACGGAUUUCGGCAAGUUUGCGCAGGAGCAUGCGGGGUUUAGAGGGGGAGGGAAUGUGAAUGUGAACGACCUGAAAGACAUGCUCGCGAGCUUGCCGCAAUUUCAGACACAAAGAGAACAGUUUUCAUUACAUCUCGACCUCGCGCAAGAGUGUAUGAACUUGUUUGAAAAGAAAAAGCUCAGUCAGGUGGCCAGUGUUGAGCAGUGUUGUGCGACGGGACAUACGGCGGAGGGAAAGACACCCAAGACUGUGGUCGAAGAGAUGGUGCCCCUCUUGGACGAUCGUCUCAACGUCACCUCGUUGGACAAGGUCCGAAUCAUCGCCCUGUAUAUCAUGUUCCGGGAAGGCGUCGCGGACGAGGACAGGCGCCGCUUGUACCAGCACGCUAGAUUGUCCAUUUCAGAGCAGGACAUGGUCAACAAUAUGGUCAACCUCGGUGUCAAAAUCAUCAAGGAUAACAGCAGGACCGGCAAAGGCCGCAUCAGGCAAAAAGCCGCCGUAUCAGAGGGCGAAUACGAACUGUCCCGAUACAAACCCGCCGUCCAAAUCAUCCUCGAAGACCAAAAAGCAAACCGCCUAGACCUCGCCCAAUUCCCAUUCACAAAAGACCCCCCUGCCGAGCUCCUCCCUUCUUCCUCGAGCGGCGGCGGUGGUGGCUCGCUACGUUCUGGCGGUGGGCAUGGAACGCAGGCAUCGCAUUUGCAGGUGUCCAAUAACCCCUCGGGGAGUUUGAGAUCUGCUAGACCGACGUGGCAUAAAGCUGCGAGUCAGCGGGCGACGAAUACCGAGGGCAAGCAGCGAUUUGUAAUCUUUAUCGCCGGAGGGAUGACGUACAGUGAGAUGAGGUGUGCGUAUACCGUCGGGCAAGCGUUGGGGAAGGACGUUUACAUCGGUUCCACACAUGUAUUGACGCCAGAGUUCUUCUGUACCCAACUAAGAGCACUCGGACGAGGAGGCGUGGGUGCAAACCCGCCGCAGCCAAUUCCCCUUCAUCCCGAAGGCCCUGCCCGUAUCAAUCGCGCCGAGCCCGGUGGAGCUGCCACAUAUCAAGAAAUCUUGAAUCAUCGCCACUGGCGUCCCCCCGUCGGUCCCCCGCCUCUCGCACCUCCACCCCAACCCGCCGCCACCGGAUCCACCUCUAAACUCAGCUCCAAGAAAUCCGGCCAGUCGAAUCUGUCAAACGACAUGUCUCAGCUUUCUCUCCAAUCUGGCUCUGAAUACGCCGGUAGUAUAAACGGAGGAGGGAAGAAGGAUAAGAAGGAUGGGGAGAAGAAGAAGAAGAAGCUGUUUGGGAUCAAGUUGUAAAACAGGGCAUGCAAGUGAAGGAAGGAAGGGAAGGGACAAAUCUUCUUGUUGUUGAUGAGAUCUGUGGUGUAUAUAUACGUAGUCGAGACGACAAGUCGUCCAAAAAUUACCUGUCCAUACAUGCAUAUUCAUAUCCAA